AUGACAACCACCCUGCAUCUCCGCUCUGAGUCGAAGCCUCUUGAGCACCGAUCUGCUUUGACCCCCAGCACUACCAAAGCUCUACUGGAUGCCGGCUACAAAGUCAAUGUCGAGCGCAGCCCGGAACGGAUAUUCGACGACUCCGAGUUUGAAGCUGUCGGUGCAACUCUGGUUCCCGAAGGGUCAUGGAAAGAUGCCCCUACAGAUCAUAUAAUCGUAGGGCUCAAAGAGCUUCCCGAAGACAGAUUUGCACUUAAACACACGCACGUGCAGUUCGCACACUGCUACAAGAACCAAGGUGGUUGGCAAGACGUCCUGUCACGUUUCCCCCAGGGCGGCGGUACACUCUUGGACCUCGAAUUUUUGACGGAUGAUACCGGACGCAGAGUUGCGGCGUUUGGAUACCAUGCAGGCUAUGCGGGUGCCGCACUGGCCGUUGAGGCGUGGGCACAUCAACUGAAUAACCCAAAUGAGCCCAUGGGCAGUGUAGCCAGCUACCCAAGUCAAGAUCUGCUCCUCCAGGACGUGCGCUCAGCUUUGGAAAACGGUUCCAAGAUUGCAGGUCGUCAACCCCGUGUCCUUGUGAUUGGCGCACUGGGUCGAUGUGGUCGCGGUGCCGUCGAUCUGUGCCGACAGGCAGGCAUACCAGACGAAAACAUCCUCAAAUGGGACAUCCCUGAGACCAAAAAAGGCGGACCAUUUGCAGAGAUCGUCGAGUCGGACAUAUUUGUGAACUGCAUUUAUUUGAGCGAGCCGAUGGCGCCGUUUAUCACCAAGAAAUCCCUCUCGUCCCCGAAACGCAACCUGUCAGUUGUGUGUGAUGUCAGUUGCGACACGACAAAUCCCCACAACCCGAUCCCUAUCUACGACGAGAACUCGACUUUCAAAAACCCUACACUCCCAGUCCCGGGUUACGAGAACCCUCCGCUAUGUGUUAUCAGCAUAGACCACCUACCUUCUCUGUUGCCGAGGGAAGCCAGCGAGGCCUUCUCUCAGGCUCUGCUGCCGAGUCUGCUACAAUUGAAGGAGAGGAAGACUGCGCGAGUGUGGAAGCAGGCAGAGGAAUUAUUCAAUCAGAAAGUGGGCACGUUGCCGGAGGCAAUGAGGGGUGCCUGGAAGAAAAUCACCGGCACAGAGACUGAGGUCGAUGGAUCAACGUAG